UAAACCUCUGGCUGUUGUGAUUUCAAUGAAGUCAUUUGGGUAUUGUUUACAAACGCAUUUUUGUCCAUUUAUUGACAUGCGAGAUGGCGGGUGACCCAUAAAAGUAUGUAAUCUGCGUUGAACCUGUAACACCCGUAACGUGUAACUACCAUGUACCCUUUAACUACCACAGUGAUCGUGUAUCAACAACGCCAUGUUUGAUGUACCCUAUAAACUGUUCACAGUGCUCCUGUAUUUGACUUACAUUGUUUACAAGGAGUCCAGGGACAUGACUAUGGGUCAGAAUGUGUUCAGGAUAUACCUCAUAACAUUGGUUUCCUACCUCACAGAGAGACCUGUUCAACUAAUCCUGUUACGUUAGCGAGGGUUGGAAAACUUCGAGACAUUUUCGAAGAUAAUGGAAUUGACGCUUACCUUAUCAGCACUGAAGAUGCACACUUUCGUCACAGAAGCUCCCCACACGACAGUCGUCUGGCAGCAAUUUCUGGGUUCCCUGGCUCCGUUGGCGUAGCCAUUGUGACGAGAGCGAGGCUGGCCCUGUGGUCAGAUGGACGUGCCUUUAACGCCGCCAGCGAAAGUGUAGACUGCGAAUGGGAACUGUAUAGAAAAGGUGGACCAGGAGUGCCUACAAUGACGACAUGGAUCAAACAAGAACUCGGAGAUUCCGUAAUUGGAUCUUGUCCUACCUUUCUCUCAUCAGUGUGGUGGAGAAAUUACGAGGUGAGCUUCUCCAAUUCUGGUAUAAGACUAAAGGCGUUUGAAAAUGACCUUGUUGAGCAGAUUUGGACUGACAAUCGUCCCCCUGAAAAUAGCGUCACUAUCAACGCUCUACCAACACAGUUCUCAGGCAGGAGCUGGCAGGACAAACUAAGAGACAUGUUUUUAGAAAUGGAGAAGGUUGGAGUAGAUGUUCUUGUAAUCAGUGAUCUUGACGAAUGUCCAUGGCUUUUCAACAUGAGGUCGUUUGAGUUUGGAUUUAGACCCCACUUUUUCGCUUACGCCGUAAUCGACAGACGCCACAAUAAAGCAAGAUUGUACCUGCAUGAUCACCCGUCGAUUAUCACUCGGAAACCCUCGGAUCCGGACGUGCACGUAACACUCAUGGAACAUCUGAAUACGGAUGUGUAUGGACAUUGCCAACCUAAAUCUGUAGAUAACACUGCUGACGAGUCUGGGUCCUGUUCUGUGACAGAUGAAGGAGUUAAGUCAUGCUCCGUUGACACUGAUACAUGUCUAGAAGUUCGACAGUACGAUUUUAAGGCCGUGAUUGACGAUAUCCGACAAGUAGCCUCGUGGUCCCAAACUAGGAAGGUGUGGGUGUCGAUUUACUGUAACCACGCCAUAUAUUCUGCUGUUCCAGAGGCAAAAAUACACCAAGCACUGACACCUGUCGCUAUGGCCAAAGCUGUAAGGAAUCCGGUUGAAAUGAAAGGAAUGAUAGACUCUAAUUUUGUCGAUUCGGCCGCAGCAAUAAGAUUCUUCGCAAAACUAGAAAAAGAGAUAAAACAAGGGAAAGAUUGGACAGUUUUUCAAGCAUUUCACGAUAUCGCAACUUAUAGGAAGGAGAUACCUUAUUUCCGGUCUCCAGCCUUUAGGACCUUAACCGGAAGUGGCCCAUCUGCUGCCCACUUGUACAAUCUGCCAACUCGUGAGAGGUCACGGCGGAUUUCAACUACAGAAAUAUUUAUGCAGGAUACCGGAGGCCAGUACCUAAAUACUGGUACGACUGACCUUACCAGAUCAUUCCACUAUGGAGGGCCCACAGAACAGGAAAAGGAAAUCUACACCCGAGUUUUAAUGGUACUUGUGGAUAUAUCCAAACUGGUAUGGCCAAAGGGGAGAACAGGUCAUGAUAUUGAUGCUGUUGCACGGCAACAUCUCUGGGAAAUCGGAUUGGACUUCUCCCACGAAUCAGGACAUUCUAUUGGUUCAUAUGGCGGUGUGACUGAAGGUCCAGCAAAAAUAUCUUCCACUAUGUCUACGUUCCUAUCGGAUGUCCCGUUCCAUGCUUCAAUUUUUACUCCUGAUGAAAACAAGUAUACAUUUCCGGAUCCGUCGAGCAUACCUUUGGAGGAAAAUAUGUUCUUAACCGCCGAGCCUGGAUUUUACCAAGUUGGAAAAAUCGGAAUCAGACUAGAGAAUGUCAAUAGAGUAAAACCUGUUCAUGGCUUGAAGUAUCAGAACACAACGCAUUGUAAGUUCCUGGGAUUUGAGCCAAUCACGUUGAUACCAUUCGAACCUAACCUGAUUAUAUACGAUAUGCUGAGCUUACCCCAGAUUGAAUGGAUAAAUGCCUAUCACCAAACAGUAUUAGACAGAAUCGUACCAAUACUGGAGGAACUUCAAAGAUGACGAAGCUAUUACGUGGGUUCGCGAAAGAACACAGCCAAUUAAAAGAGGAUAAUGAUAUGAUCAAACAUUUAGCGAAUUUAACUUCGGUUGAUACAAAUAUUUCCAACAGUUCAUUUGAUAAUGUUAAUCAGAAGAAAAUAGAUUUAUCUAGAUAUUGAAUUGGGCUACUAUUCCGAAAGUGAAAGUGAAACUACAAAUAUAAUCCUUUAUGUUAUUCAGAUAUCACUAAUGGUAGGGAUUACGUGAAAUCGGUAGGGUCAGAUGUCACGUUUUAUAUGAUCCGUGUGAAGCCGUCUUGUAAAAUGACUGUCUCUCGUGCUCAUUUUCAUUUUAAAUCUCGGUCUGUGAUUGAAAGUGAUGUUUAUCUUUGCUUCAUUUAUUGACUUAUGAAAUCUUGACGAAUGAUUGAACGUGAUGCUGGUGUAUGCUCAUUUACAUAUAAAAUUUAAGUGAUGGACUGAAAGUGACGUCUUGUUCGAUCUCAUUUGAUUAUAUAUAGUUAUAGAGAACUUCAGUAUGAAUAAUUAUAUAUUGUCCAGGUUAUAUACUGACGUAUAUUUGUUACUAUUUAUAGCAUGAUAAACCGGGCUGAGUGACUAUAAAUGACAUAUUUAUCCGUAUUUAGGUCCAUAUAAAUUUUGAGGAGUGUUUGUGUGUGAUGAAAUUGAUAAAAUACCCGUGAGUCUUUUUGAGUGCUUUGGAUAUACAUAUAUUAGAACUGAUGUUUUCGUGUGUCGUUGUCAAUUGUUUGCCAGUGUGAAAUACCGAUACAGUCCAUUUGUGUAUGUUUACUGAUGUUCGAUAGAUUUAGCAAAAUCCAGUCAUUACUCAGGGUUACGUUAUGUUUUGAUGAAUAAUAAAUGUUUUACAUUAUUCUAAAGUUUAUACCGGUACAUUUGUCUUCGAAACCUUUUAAUGAAUGGAUUAUACUACAUUCCUUCCAUAUUCAAAUUAAACUGCCAUUUUGGAGAAACAAAUGUGUCUUGUAUU